GGGUCACAAACUGCUGCGAGAGUCUGACGGCAGCGACGGACACUGUUGGCGGAGACAGAGCUGGAGACGAACACGAUCCCCAUCUGUUCAGACGAGUAAACAUAUAGUUACCAUGAAGUCGGCAUGCCUGAUCAUACUGGCUUCUCUAGCGAUCUGCAACUUGCGGGUGUCUGAAGGACAGAGCAUCUCUGCAGAGGAGGAGACGGACCGAAGUGCCACCAUAGACGACAUCAUCCUAAAGAGAGCGGAAAGUCUCCUGUUAAGGUCCAUUCUCCAAAAACUACGGAAUGAAGACGAGAUAAAUGAUGGGUUCUUCUCUCAGCCAGAAUGGGUGACAAAACGACAACAUCCCGGUAAGAGAUACAUCAGCGAAGAUUUUGAGAAGCGGCAGCAUCCAGGCAAGAGAGAGGGGGAUGAGGACGAGCAGUACUUGGAUGUGCAAAAGAGACAACACCCGGGCAAGCGCGCAGAUGGAGCGCACUCGUUCAUGGCGUACCAGAAAAGGCAGCAUCCGGGAAAGCGCUCCACGACCGGACUCGUCUCUGACGACCCCGUUGUAAUGCUCAGCGAACUUUCCAAACGCCAGCACCCAGGCAAGCGUUACCUGGUGUUGCACAGCAAACGCCAGCACCCAGGUAAGCGCCGUCCCGGGGACGAGGAGGGGGAUUGGGAUGCGGAGGAGGAGGAGGAGGAGGAGGAGGAGGAGGAAGACCUACCUGAGAUGGAAAAGCGCCAGCACCCCGGAAAACGCUUUUGGGAUAACCAGAGUCCGGAGUUAGGCACAAACAGCCCGUGUGAUGUUUUGGAGACUGAGAGCUGCAGUAAGACCAGUCUGCUGCUCGACUUUUUAGAUAACAUUAACAAGAGUCACGCCGAGGAGAAGAGACAGCACCCGGGGAAAAGGUUUGCGCCGGAGGAGGAUCUAGUGGAAGAAGGAGAGUAGAGAUGAACCACAGUCUGGUCUGCGCGCACUGCUUUACUGUUAACAAAUAAGUGUAAAAACAAUGAAUUCGGAGGAAAAAAAAAUCUAUUUGAGCCCUUCUCUUUGAUAGUUGCUUUAAGUAUUUCUGAUAUAUUCUUUGGGGCACUUGUGCCUAAUUGUAGUCCAAACUUUGAACUUUGCUGUAAAUACAUAGUUUUCAGAACAGUUGUGCCAUAUGUUUAUCCCUUAUUUAUAAUUCCUAUAGGUAUUAAGAAUGCAUUUUGUUUCAUAGAUCAUUUAUGGUUACCCUAUAGGUUUGACGCAUUAAGCCUGAAUUAUGGUACUGCGUUAAAUCGAUGCAGAGCCUACGCCGUGGGUACGGCGUGGGGUACGGCGAGGCCUACGGCGUAAGGUACGCGGCAUCGCAUCGUAGGGUGCGCGUCGCCGCGUACCCUACGCCGUAGGAUCUGCGUUGGUGUAACGCGGAACCAUAAAUCAUCCUUUAGUGGCAUCAGCGAUGUCGCCUCUGUGAGGCAACAUAAGCUCUUUGGUGUAGCGCAUGCUUGACUUGGGAUAUGAUGGAAACGGCUGUGUUUAGAGCUAGGAAAUCCCUCCAUUGAUUUAGUUGUGUUUUA